UUUUUCUGGAGCCAAUGAAAAGUAGAUGUAUUAAAUGCAAACUUUCUCUCAAACCCAAUUAACCGUGCAAACAUUAGGAAUUUGAAGUUGUUUUGCAUGAAAGGUAAUUAUCAUGAAUCAAAACAUCUAGAACUCCAAAGACGCCAUCUUCCAUGAUUUGAUUUUCAAAGCAUUUCUUUUCUGGUUUUUUAAGAUGAACAUGUAUCCUCGUUCCCUGUAAAAAAAAUGAAAACUAAAUUAGAAUUUAAUUGCGUAAAUAUGUAAAUAAUGUAAAAUACACUUGAUAAAGAAAAUUAUGUGUUCUUCAUGGAAGAUGACUUCCAUGGAAUCCCCCCUUUGCCAAGUUGGAACGUUUUAGACGCGUAUAGCUCGCAACUUUAGCAUCCAUGUUGUUCGGGCGAUAUCAAUUGUGUCAAGCUUUUUCCACAUUUCGGGUUAUGGUUUACUGGAAAUGGGUUUAUGAAAUUUGGAUGUAAGAGAAGUUGGCUUUGUUGGUUGUGAAUCUGGCAUGAAGGCCCUGGAGAUUCUAUUCGGGCCAAGUGAAGCUCCAAGAUAGCCAGCCCAUCUUUCAACAAGGGCAUUUAUGUAACUUUCAAUAAGAGAUAGCUUAGAAAUUUUGUGUGACAAUCUCCGUCUCAUCUUCUUCGACCGGAAAGCGAAAAUGGUGCUCACUCUUUCCAAUACCUUCCUACAGAGAAGCUUUCACCUUCCUUCGUCGUCCUCUUUUACGAAGGCCCGUACUGGACCGGGAGAUAGACCCAAUCGGAUCCGAUGGACUUGCAGGAAGAAGGAGAUUCACCCGACAUUCUACGAGGAUGCCAAGGUUUACUGCAAUGGCGAGCUGGUGAUGACGACCGGCGGGACCAAGAAGGAGUACGUGGUGGAUGUCUGGUCGGGGAACCACCCAUUUUACCUCGGAAGCCGCGCCCAUCUCCUCUCCGACGCCGGCCAGGUCGAGAAAUUCCGCAAGAAGUUCGCGGGUUUGUCUGAUCUUAUGGAAAUCCCGGUGCUGAAAGGUGAAAUUGUGAUUCCUCCUAAGAAGAAAUCCGGUGGGAAAGGAAAGAAGAAGUAGUGAAUUAAUUUCCCUUUCUUUUUUCUUUUUUUAUGGGUUUCAUUUUCUUGAUUUUCUUUAUGGGCGGGGUAAAGAUUGGAUCUUUUGUACUUAUUUGAUUGUUUGAAAGUGUUGCCUUUGGAAAUGUUUCAUCCCAUCAUCCCAGAUGAGUAACUUUUCUCCAUUUCAGUGCUUCUAUGUAUGAUUUAAGCUGAUAUUGUAAUUGAUCGGAAGCAAUUAAUAAUUUUUCCGUCUUUGUGUUGUCAAAAUGGGCAAAAUCAUAUGACCAAUCAAGAAUAGCAAACACAACAACAAGCAAUCAACCAAGCGAUAAACGAACACCAAGAUUUAACGUGGAAACCCCAAAUCGGGAAGAAAACCACGAAGCCUUCCACUAAUCACCAAGAAAAUUUGUGGGUACACCAAGAAUCCUCUCUAAAUCAAUUAGAGGUACACACAAUCAUCAAGUAAUAACUUGGAACACCAAAUAACAAUAAUCUUCACUCAAAAGUGAGAAAUCCCCAAUAAAAACGUAGCAGUAAACAGAGACGGUUUUACCGACAUCGAGAGGUCAAAAUAACAAUCCCACCGUUGGAUAUGAAAAAGAGGAUCUCAAGAACAACAUACUAAAAUUUCAUCUCGAUC